AUGGCUCCGCUCAAGACGCGUACAUCGACUUACUCUUCUCGCGUCACGAUCUACGAGAACUCCUCCCCCGCCACAUCUUCCGAACCGGCCGCUUCGACCAGUACAACGCCUGCUGCGGCAUCGCCGAGGCGUACGACUCGCUCGUCUGCUGCUGCUACGUUUGCCGAAUCCCAGACACUCGGGCUCUCGCUGCCAGUCGCGGGGGAGGAUUUCGAGGAGGAUGUCAAACCGGCGAAGAAGGCGCGGUCGCCUCGCAAGCCGAAGCCACACGUCGAGCGUCUUGCCGUACCUCAUCCUGCGCCGAAGCGGUGGGAGGAGACGUACGAAGUGAUCCGCAAGCAGCGAGAACGGAUCAUUGCGCCGGUCGAUACGAUGGGUUGCGAGCAGGGCGGGAAGGAAGCGAAGCGGGAGGACGAGGAAGUCAAGCCGCAGAGGAUCGAGACGGAGAAAGACCGUCGCCUGUCGGUCAUCGUCUCGCUCAUGCUAUCCAGCCAGACGAAAGAUCCGGUCACGCAUCAGGCUACGAUGAAUCUUCGCAACCAACUGCCAGGCGGCUUAACGCUCGAAGGGCUUGAGACGGCGACGGUGGACGAGAUCGACCGCGCAAUCUGCAAGGUCGGCUUUCACAACACGAAGGCGAAGAACCUGAAACUGCUCGCGACACGGCUACGCGACCUGCACGACGGCGACGUGCCCGACGACUUGCCCUCGUUGCUUGCCAUCAACGGCGUUGGGCCAAAGAUGGCUUACCUCUACCUUCAAGCCAUUGGCAAGAACGCCGGGAUCGGCGUUGACACGCACGUCCACCGAAUCACGAAUCGCUUGCGUUGGCACAAGAAGGAGACGACAACGCCGGAGCAGACUCGGUUGAACCUUGAGUCGUGGCUGCCGCGCCAUCUUUGGCCGACAGUCAACAAGAUGCUCGUCGGAUUCGGUCAGGAGGUCUGCAAGCCGGUCGCGCCUCGCUGCGACCUUUGCGACGUUGCGACGGCCAAGCUGUGUCCUUCGCGGCGGGUCGUUGUUGCUUCUCCGGCUAAGAAGCGGGUCAAGAUGGAAGUGAAGGAAGAGCAGACGGACGGACUGCCGCAGGUCGAGCUCGCGCUGGAGCAGGCGGAAGAGGCGGUGGAGCAAGUCGUCGUCGCGGUCAAGCAGGAGGAGUCGGGGUUCUUGCGUGUCGAAGAGCGCGUUGUCAAGACUGAGGACGCUACGUAG